AUGACGUCAAUGCCAGAACGAGACAGCUAUAGUUUGCAUCAAGCACAAUAUUUUCCAAGCGGCAACUGCUCGACUCGGUUACACUCUAUGGCUCUUUUUCUAUCCUCAUUUAUAAUUCAUGUGCACGAAGACAUUAAUAGGAACACAUAUAAUUUAUAUUUUUUUUAUUUGAUUAAUUAUUUUUAA